AUGGCAGAGGAAUGCAAGAUUUCUGCUGCCAUGGUAUCUGAGGAAAGGUCUUAUGCGCGGUCAUAUGUGCUCAAGGUAGAUGGAUACUCAAGAGCCAAGGCGCUACUCAAGAACGGCGAGGACGUGGCCUCUACCCCUUUCAGUGUUGGCGGCCACGACUGGGCCGUGCGCUACUACCCAAACGGCAACGAUGAUGAUUCUACCGAUUUCAUCUCUCUUUAUCUCGAGCCUAAAUCUGCCGAUGCUGAAGAUGUGAAGGCGAAAUUCACGUUCAGUGUACUUGACGAGGAUGGAGAACCGGUGCCCUCAUACAGCUGUACGCACCCUAUACAUACCUUCUCAAGCAAAGGUGAUAACUGGGGUUACCCUAACUUCGUCAAGAAGGCUGAUCUGGAGGCAUCGGUGCAUAUAAGAGACGACUGUCUCACCAUCAGGUGCGAUGUCACCGUCAUCCACGGCGAAGAAACAACUGUUCCUCUAACCGACCUGCACCAGCAUCUUGGUGACCUCCUAAACAACAAGGAUGCAGCAGACCUAACCUUUCAGGUUGGUGGACAGAGUUUCUCGGCCCAUAGGUGUGUCCUCGCUGCUCGGUCAUCAGUCUUCAAGGCGGAGCUCCUCGGCACCAUGGAGGAGAGUUAUGCAGCUAGUCCUAUUGAAAUCCGUGACAUGGAAGCUGAUGUGUUCAAGUCCUUGCUCCACUUCAUAUACACCGACACAGUUCCUCCUGUGCUUGAUGUGGUGAUGGCUGGCCAUCUACUUGUUGCGGCUGACAGAUACAACAUCGGCAGGCUGAAGAUGAUAUGCGAGAAGAAAUUGUGCAGUCACAUUGAUUCCGGCAUGGUGGCAACUAGUUUGGCAUUGGCCGAGCAGCAUGGUUUCCAUGCUCUCAAAAAAGCUUGUUUAAAGUACCUUGCUUCUCCGUCCAAUUUGGAGGCGAUGAUGGUGAGUGAUGGGUAUGAGCAUCUGAAAUCUAGUUGCCCAUCUGUUUUCAAGGACCUCGUAGCUGGAAUCCUCCCGGCUGAACUGAAAGCAGCAAAGGAUAUUAUCAUGACAACGUGGAAGUAAUGCCUACAGA